GAGAAGAAGCCGAGGCCACUGUCGUAAAUUGCAGGAAGGGAAAGCCAAUGCGAAGACGGAUCAGUUCUUAAUUAUUGAUCGAAAAGAUUCCUUUAUAGGCUUUUGAUGUGUACGAUUGAAGUGAUUUUUUCAGUGAUCAUUUCUUCUUCUUCUUCUUCCUUCCGUCGUCUGUGAACUGACGUGAAGGAGCCAUCAAUGGCGGUUUCUAGAGUCAGAGCUUCUUUCAUGCAGUGCCUGAGGAAAUCAUCUCGUUUUAAACCUUUUGCGGUUGAGAGUGAGACAUCUUCUAUACGUAGAUUCUUCUCUGCUGAUUCUUCGGCUUCGUUCCAGAGUGUUGGAUUCAUUGGACUGGGAAAUAUGGGAUCCAGAAUGGCAAAUAAUCUAAUAAAGGCUGGAUACAAAAUGGUUGUACAUGACAUAAACCGGAAUACCAUGGAGAAGUACUCAGAUAUGGGAGUUGCCACCAAAGAAACGCCUUUUGAAGUUGCCGAAGCUUCUGACGUUGUCAUUACAAUGCUACCCUCUCCUUCUCAUGUGCUUGAAGUGUAUAAUGGUUCACAUGGUUUGCUUCAUGGUGGCUAUCAUCUAAGGCCGUGGUUAUUAAUAGACUCCUCCACCAUUGAUCCACGAACAUCAAGAGAGCUUUCAGCAAUUGUAUCCAGCCGUAUUUUAAAGGAAAAGAGAGAUUCUUGGGAAAACCCUGUCAUGUUGGAUGCCCCUGUAUCUGGAGGGGUUCUAGCUGCUGAUGCUGGGACACUUACGUUCAUGGUUGGUGGUCCUGAGGAAUCUUACAAUGCUGCAAAAACAUUGUUCCUUUCAAUGGGCAAAAGUUCAGUUUAUUGUGGUGGAGCUGGAAAUGGUUCGGCAGCAAAGAUUUGCAACAACUUAGCAAUGGCUGUGAGUAUGCUUGGUGUUUCAGAAGCUUUGGCUCUAGGCCAGUCUCUUGGGAUUUCUGCAAAAACUCUAACCAAAGUAUUAAAUUCUUCAAGUGCUCGCUGUUGGAGUAGUGAAAGUUACAAUCCAGUUCCUGGGGUGAUGGAGAAGGUGCCCUCUGCGAGUGAUUAUGAUGGUGGAUUUGCAUCAAAGCUUAUGGCUAAAGAUCUAAACCUUGCAGCAGCAUCAGCUAGUGAAAUUGGCCUCGAACAUCCACUGACCUCCCAGGCGCAAGAGAUAUACAAAAAGCUAUGCGAGGAUGGAUAUGAAAACAAGGACUUCUCUUGUGUGUUUCGUCAUUUUUACUCCGGUGACAACGAGUUAUAACCUGAUUUGUGUCACAUUCAAGUUGUGUCCAUUGAGUACAAUCAUCCACUACUCUUGAUGAAAUGAACCAUGGUACUUGUAGAAGUAACACGAACCCGGAAAUAAAAGGGAAGAAUAAAUUAUGUAGUUCUUUUGGGGUUUUAAUGCAAUAUUCUUCUGAAUUUUAGUUUUUUCAUAGAAAGAGGAUAAAUCGAAGUGGGAAGGUAAACAUUUGAAAACGGCCAAUGGACAGGAUAAACUAUAACACAAUAAAACACAAUGCAGUAUUUCUGAUAAAUGGAUGAGAGACUAUUGUUUAA